AUGCCGACCUGCUCUCCAAAUGAGGAGGAGGAGGUGCUGGAUGGAGGAGACCAUGAGGGGGAAUGUUUACAUGUGAAAGGAGGAAAGGCAGCUGAUUGCUGUGAGAGGUUUUACACUCUGAAAGAACUGUCAGACUGGAAGAACAGGUUUGCAUUUCUGAGGGAGUCCCGAGCGGGUUCUCCUCUCAGAAAUGUGGAGCUCCCUGUCAAUCCGAGUGAGAUUGCCGAAACUCGGAAAAUCCAGCCAUUUGUUGUUUAUGUUAUGCGAACAGUCUGCCUUUCUGACUGUAGCCCUUUUACAAUGUUCGGGCAGGAACAUCAAGAGUCAAAGUUCACUGGUGGUCUGCAGGAAAUUGCCACAAAGUUUGACAACCAGAGUGUGAUGUAUGGAUUCUGCAGCAUCAAGGACUCUGGCUCUGGCCUGCCCAAGUAUGUCCUCAUAAACUGGGUUGGUGAAGAUGUUGAUGACAUUCGAAAAUGUACAUGUGCUAGUCACGUGCCAACAAUUGCAGACUUCUUUCAGGGGGCAAAUGUUAUUGUGAAUGCCAGCAGUCCCGAGGACGUAGACUCAACUGCUAUUCGUCAAAAGCUGACCAAUGGCACAAUGCACAUUUCGAGCCCAGUUUUGCGCCGACUCCACCUGAAAGAGGAUGAUGAUUUAUUGGGUCCAGUGGGCACCACAUACCAGAAGACCAAUGCUGCGAUUGAAAUGAAGCGAAUCAACCGAGAACUGUUCUGGGCACAGGCAAAGAGAGAAGAGGAGUUGAGGAAAGAAGAGGAGCGUAAGAAACUGAUUGAAGAAAGAGAAAAAUUUGAGAAAGAGAGAAUGGAGCAAGAGAAGAAAGAACAAGAAAAUAGAGAGCAAAGAUACCGAGAACGAGAGAAACAGAUAGAGGAAGAAAGGAAGAAACUGCAAAACCUGGAAGUUGAUGAAGUCAAAUGUGCGUCAAAACAGAGCAACUACCAGGACGUGCAGAAGGAAGGAAUGGAGGAGAAUGAGGAUGAAGAGAACAAAGGGUCGAAAAUCAGCGAUUCUGCUGAGAAAGCAGCUGAAGCCGCAGCUCUCAUUGCUCUGCGGGAUGGAAACCCUCGGGAAUUCUUUAAGCAACGGGAACGAGCCAUGACAACAAGUUUUGAGACUGUACAUUUUUCAGGGCAAAGACCAGGUCAAGUGAGCAGCCCCUUCCUUAAGAAUCAACACAGUCUGCCCGAGCGAUCAUGGUCCCCACCAAGAUCCCCUUGCCCUCGAAUUGCUGCUAACCAUAACCCCUUCCAGUCUUGCCCCUCAUCUCACCAGACACAAUUUGAAAUGACCAGAGUGGAAGAUGUAACGUCAUUCAGUGCUCCCGAGUCGAGAAUCGUUGCGACACCAAUAUACGAGGAGAAUGAAGAGGCCGAAGUUGAAGAGCUUCCAAAUCUAUUCCGGUUUACAGACAAGACUGUUCCCGAAUUUCCAGAAGAACCACCAAUUCAGUACGAAGACCCAGUGCCAGAAUGGAAUGUGCCAAGCUAUAGCGAGGAACCUGGUCUUGUAGAUGUAGACACCCCAAACCCUGUCUGGCCUGAGGCACCCAGCUUCCUACACACUGAAGAUUCAGUACAAAGUGACCAGGCAGGCUUCAUAAGUACUCAAGAACAACAACAACACCUUGUAGACAUUGGGAAUCCACAAACAAAUGAGAGUUUUCCACAAGUAAAUGAGAAUUUGCUGGACCUUUGGGAGGCCAAUGGAAUAGACCAGCUGCCAUCAAAGUCACACAGUGAGCUGGCAGAGAAGCCAUUGGUCUACACCAAUAUGGAGGAGACGGAACUGAUUUUAAACAUGAAAAGCUCCCCACUGGAUGAGUCUGUGCCAACAAAUGCAGGCAUGGAAGCGAAUAGCCAACUGCUCGUGAACUUCCAGGAAUCACCCGCAGAGCAAUCUGCAGAGGUGGUGCCUGCUAAGCCAGGGCAGCAGCAGUCCCUGAGCAGUGGGGAAGCUGGGGAGGAAAACCUGCUGUGUUUCGAUGGCAGUGAAGGUCUUCCAGCACCACCACCAGACUGUCUGGACUCGAAGCAGUGGGAGAACCUGCCGACCCUCAUCGAGCUGGAAGGCUCACAGCAGAUGAGUGAAGGCUACUGCUUUGGAAUACAGGAGCUACCCAAGCCUCAAGAUGCCCAGGCAGUUCAAGACUUUUUCAACCAAUCACAGGAUGAGUAUAUUAAAGUCCAAACAUAUGUAGAGGAAAAUGCCAACAAAAUACCAGACACAAACGAUGUUUGCUGCUUCAGUUAUCCUCUCAACCAUUCUGUCUCCAAAGACUUGGAAAUUGAUAUUACCUAUUGUGACAAUGAUACUGACACAGAUCCAGACCAUUCUCCUGCAGACUGAUCUCACUCAGCGUGUUACUCUUCUGUAUGACACUUAUGCUUCAAGUAAAUCAAAAAGACAAAAAUUGCUAAGUUUUAAUUUUAGUCUGUGUUUACUAUUUUUAACUGUAAUAAUUUGAAUGUAUUAUUUUCUAAAUUAACCUAAUUGUAUAUUGAUUCCACUUACAGCUGCUAGGUAGAGUCUGCUGAAGCUGAUAUGAUGUGACUAGCAGUGUUAACUAUCAGCAACUGCUUUUCAAGUACCAUUUUCAAAAGCACAAAUUUUGUGAAAUGCUAAUUGCUGUUGUAUGAAAAUAAACAGUUUCUGAAAA